AUGGUGAAGACGAGAUGCAAUAAGAAGAGAAAAAUUGUCGAGGAAGAACAAGAUUUAGAGACGGCGGAGAUUUCUCAGCCGGCGGAUCUCCCUGCGGUUGGUGAUGGAGAUGGUGAGGACGAAGUCGAAAGGAGUGAUAAAGAGGAUGAGGGAGUUGACUCAGAGACUGCAGGAGAAGAUGAGAAGGGAGACGAAGAGGAUGUCGUAAGUGACGAAGGAGAAGAAGAGAGCGAGCCAGAUCUCGAUGGCGAAGAAGAAGUAUAUUCAGACGCAUCCUUGGGAGAUACCAAUUCGGGCGACUCCACCGAGGAAAUGGAUGCCGAUGAUGAUGAAUUGAUGGCACUACAACCUUUAAGAAUGUACUUCCCAGCGGCGGAGUAUAACAAGAAGAUUAAGUUAGGUACGAGGUGUUAUAUAAAGGAACUUUUGACAACUUUUGAUAGAUUGAAGAAUCCGCUCACUACGUUUGAGAGGAAUUGGUUUGAGAACCAUCAACAGUUCAAACACAUUUGGCACUUGCCAAGGGAGAAAAAUCACCAGGAACACACCUUGUUAUCAGGAUUCAAUUGCCGCAACUAUCCAAUUGACUAUAACAAAGUUGGAAGUAAGACCUUUGUGAACAAUCAUUUCAAGAAUAAGAAGGUUACUCGUGAAGAAGUGAGAGAAAAGCUCAAGGAGAUGGUACCUAUGGAACGUUCUCGAGAUAGGUUGGAGAUGGCUGUGCUAUACUUCUUAUCCAGCAUUGUUAGAGCAACGAUAAAGACAAGAGAACAAGCAACAGAAAUUGAUGAUUUUUUGCAAAACGCGUACAUGCUAGAAGAGAUUGCUCACACGAUGGAUCAUUUUGAUGGGACCGUCACACAAGGUGUAUUAUGGCCGGUUGCAGGUUUAUGUAUUCCUUUGGAGCUUUUAGCAUUUGAGGAGAUUCAACAUUUGAGGAAUCAAUUCGUAGAAGAUAAUCCAGAAGCAGACGUUACAUGUCCUAGGAUGUGCAGGAGAGAGUUAAAGAAAUGCGAACUGAGAGGGUUUCCUCUUGAGAGAAUAAAUGAUGAACUUGGUACGAUUAUGGACAUAGAUAGUAUCCUAAUACCUGAAGAUGAUAAUGAGAAGUCUCUUCUGGCUGGAAUCACUGAAGAAGAAGACGUUGAUGAUGCACAUGAUGUUGUUGUCAACAGUUGGAUGCAACAUUAUCUACGAGGAUAUCUUGUCUGGUUUGAAAAUAUGUUCAAUGAAGAUGUUCAGUCCCGAGCAGGAGUAGGAGGAGUAGGAGGGGAACCUGAGAACGUGAACAAGGAAAUAGCCUUGAUUGAAGGACCGAUAUACCCUAGUGUAUCUGAUUUGGUGGAUCUCCUAAACUCCUUUAAAAAUGAGAUGGGAGAGAAGAUGAAAGAAAUUGUGGAUAGGCUUAAUGGGUGGGAAGAAAAAGUCGCAACAUUGGGAGAAAGAGUUGCAUCAUUGGAAGAGAAAUCGAAGACGUGUGAAGACACUAGAGACCAUUCAGACUUUGCACCAAAAGAUACGGCCGGUCGUGCAGACCCACCACCAAAGCGAAUGACAAGGUCAUCAAGAAAUCAAGGGUGA